UAGCGCCCCCCGCUCUCGUCGACAGUCUAACUCUACCGACGUCCUGUUACUCCCGAUGCCGCCUUCUCCUCCCCCUUCCGUGGCUUCUGUCUCCUUCCCCAAUGUGGACUCCCCAAGCAGUUUCGCUCCUCCUUUGUAAUCAGCACAGGGAAUCAUGGCGACCCGCCGGACAGCUCCACCUGAGGAGGACGGCGAGAAGAAACAGCAGCUACAGAAGCCCAUCAGCCCGGGCAAUGAGGUUUCAAAAAAUAAAGAUGGGCUUGAACAGAGUGAGGUGGUAUCGCCGACGGAGGAGGAAGUCUUUUCCUGGCCUGGUCCAAAGACUGUAGUCUUGAGAAGAAUUUCCGGGGGGUUUGGAUUUACUCUGAGGCAUUUUAUUGUGUACCCCCCUGAGUCGGCUGUUCAUACAUCUACAAAGAAUGAAGAGAAUGGAAACCGAAGCGAAAGCCAAAGGAACCGUUUGGAGCCAAUGGACACAAUAUUUGUGAAGCAAGUUAGAGAAGGAGGAUCGGCUCAUGAAGCAGGACUGUGUACAGGGGACAGAAUCAUUAAAGUCAAUGGUGAAAGUGUGAUUGGCAAGACAUAUUCACAAGUAAUUGGACUAAUCCAGAACAGCGAUUCCACAUUAGAACUUAGUGUGAUGCCAAAAGAUGAAGACAUCCUCCAAUUGCUGCAGUUUCCAAAGGAUGUCACGGCUCUGGCAUAUUCCCAAGAUGCUUACCUGAAAGGAAAUGAAGCCUACAGUGGAAAUGCACACAAUAUACCUGAACCUCCUCCCAUAUGUUAUCCCAGAAUAAAGCCUACUGCUUCUGCCAUGGCUCAGCCCGUUGAAGUUCCUCCUCCGAGCACGUCGCUAGCCAAGCAACAAUCCCUCCGACAGGGGCGCACAUCGAUACCCCAGGACAGAAGCUACAGAGUUGAGAUACAAGUGCCUCCGUCACCAACAGAUGUGAAAUCUAGCACAGCUGUAUGCGUCUGCAAUGAAGCUGUGAGAACUGUUAUUGUGCCUUCUGAGAAGGCUGUAGAUUUUUCAUCAAAUAGAAUUAAUCUUGGUGGCUCUUUGCACAAGACUGAAGAGGUAAGAUAUGGAUUGGCCGAUCCAUCUACAGUCAAAGUAAAAUCAAAAGCCGGGUCACCACCUUCUACCGCUCCAGCUUUAGUGCCGAUGGUUCCGGUUGCUUGGCAGACGGAAAGCGGUGGAUACAUGAGCAAGCCUCCAAGCUGUGGUGGACAUGUAGAGGUGUUUGGUGUUAGAACAAAUGCUCAAGGGGAACAAUCUCCUUCCACUGCGAAUCACUGUUCUUCACCGACUUCACAAAUAGACUGGAGGAACUAUAAAACGUACAAAGAAUAUAUAGAAAGUAGACGCAUGCAAAUGUACGGAAGCAGAACAAUACAGGAAAGGUUGGACAGCCUUCGAGCAGCAUCUCAGAACACAACAGAUUACAAAUUGCCAAAUUGUACUUCGGUGCAAGUCAGGAGACGUAGCACUUCCCAUGAGAGAGUGCCACUUUCUGUCCAAAUCCGCCAACGAAGUGUUUCACAGGAAAGGUUGGAAGAUGCUGUGUUAAUGAAAGAAUGGCCCAGGAGUGCCUCCCAGGAUACUUUGACACAACCGGUGGUUGGCCCUCGGAACCACAGGUCGGAAUCUUGGGAUUACCUUUCGAGAAAAGGAGAAACGGACCAUUUUAUGCCAGACGUUCAUGACACUAACGGGGACAGAAAGCACAAUUACAAAUGGACUGGAUUUACUGAGCAGGACGACAGACGGGGUAUAUAUGAACGGCCAAGGCAACAUGCUUUUAACAUGUCUCUUCGAUCACCCAACUACGGCAUGACCCCUGCUGCGUACAGUUCAGACGUUAGACGGAUCGGUGCUAGAGGAUUCACCUCUGCGCAUCCACUGCAAAAAGCUCUGCCUGAUAUGAAAACCAAUCAGCCCACAAUGAACUUUCAGAAAAUGUCUCUUAGGACUGGACAUCCUCGACCUGAGAGAUCAAACUUUGCCAUCACUAAGACUAAUUCUAUGAGAAACCCAACAGCGUAUGCGCCCAAACCAUUUUCUCUUAAUGUAAAUUUAGAAGGCGGCAUCGUGAAAGACCAAAAAGUAAAUCAUAUGUAUAAAAGUGCGCCUCUAGGCUUGCACAAAUUAACACCGACUGAAAGUACACCUAUAUCUCAGCGGGAAUGUAACAUCAAGUCUCCGAUCGCCACUUCACCUCUGGUUCCCGCAAAGCCUGAACACCAGGUUACAAAUAGCACACCUACCUCUGAGAACGGAGAUGUUCCAAAAAGUCAAAGCCCUGAGGCGACUGCCUGUGACUCUGGUUCGGAGCGGAACUCUAUGGAUUCGGUCAUUUUGAGAGAGAAACCUCCUUCUGGCCGUCAAACGCCUCAGCCCUUAAGACAUCCAUCUUAUAUCUUUGCUGUAAACGAGCCGGAAGUUGUGCCCGAUGCUACCUGCUGGCUACCAAAUGAUGCCCGUCGAGAAGUUCAUAUAAAGAGGAUUGAGCAAAAGAAAGCGUCUGGCUCUGGGUCACCUGGUGAUUCGUUGGCAUCCAUUCCUUUUAUCGAUGAACCAACGAGCCCCAGUAUCGACCAUGAAAUAGCAAACAUUCCUGCCUCUGCCGUGAUUUCCAUCUCCGUGCAGCCGCCCCCCACCAUAACCACGGUUCCUCCAAGUCCUACCUCUCCAGGGCCGGUAUUGCAGCGCCAUCUGUCCCAUGAUAACGGGUCUAUAAGGCCCAGUGUACUAAAGGUCCACUCCAGCUCUAAAACCGAAAGGUCAAAAUCUUGUGAUGAGGGGCUUGAUGAUUACAAGGAGGGAGUAAACAGAACCUUGGAGCACGUUUCCAGCCUUAAACGGAUCAACGCCCCGGAGAACGUGCAAUCGUCAGACUCCGAAUCCAGGAAAGAUUCUUCUUCUGAUGUCUUCAGUGAUUCAAACAAGGAAGGCUAUUUGUAUUUCAGACAGUUAGUCACCGACAAAGGAAAGCGGGUUGGCGGGAGUAUUAGGCCCUGGAAGCAAAUGUAUGUCGUCUUGCGGAGCUCCUCUCUGUAUUUGCACAAAGAUAAGAAAGACCAAACCGGCCACUCUUCAUCUCAGUCUGAGGAGGAGCAGCCGAUAAACAUUAAUGGAUGUUUGAUAGAUAUAUCGUACAGUGAAACCAAGCGCAAGAAUGUGUUCCGUCUUACGACGUCCGACCGGGAAUGCCUUUUUCAAGCUGAAGACCGAGAUGAUAUGUUGGCGUGGAUUAAGGCCAUACAGGAGAACUGCAAUCUAAACGACGAGCAAACGGGCCAAGCGAGCAGGGACCUGAUUAGCAGGAGGAUUAAAGAGUACAACACAAUGAUGAGCUGCUCAAGCAACAAAACGGAGCCUUCCCCCAAAACCCCGCGGCAGAGCCUGAGCAUCCGCCAGACGUUCCUGGGUACAAAACCGGAAACAAGGACCCAGAGCCCCCACUCUCCAAAGCAGGAAUCGGAACGGAAACUGCUAAACAAAGAUGACACUAGUCCACCUAAAGACAAAGGCACGUGGAGGAAGGGAAUUAGCAUCAUGCGGAAGACGUUUGAGAAGAAGCCAACUUGUGGUGGGACCUUUGGUGUGCGCCUUGAUGAUUGUCCACCUGCUCACACGAAUAAAUACAUUCCUUUGAUAGUAGACAUAUGCUGUAAAUUAGUCGAAGAAAGAGGACUUGAAUACACGGGCAUAUACCGAGUGCCGGGGAACAACUCGGCCAUAUCGAACUUGCAGGAGGAGCUCAACAAAGGAUUUAUUGACAUCGACGUCCAAGAUGAUAAAUGGCGAGACUUGAAUGUCAUAAGCAGUCUGCUAAAAUCUUUCUUCCGGAAACUCCCUGAGCCGCUUUUUACCAACGAGAAGUACAAUGAUUUCAUUGAAGCAAAUCGGAAGGAGGACCCUGUAGUAAGACUUAAAACCCUCAAGCAACUGAUCAAAAUUCUACCCGGUCAUCACUAUGAAACAUUAAAGUUCUUAUCUGCGCAUUUAAAGACCGUGGCAGACCAUUCUGAAAAGAACAAGAUGGAGCCGCGGAACUUGGCCAUCGUGUUCGGCCCUACUCUUGUCCGCACGUCUGAGGACAAUAUGACUCAUAUGGUCACGCAUAUGCAAGACCAGUACAAGAUAGUGGAGACUCUAAUUCAACAUCACGACUGGUUUUUCACAGAAGAAAAUGAAGAUGACCCAAUUACAACUGUGCAGCAGGACAACACCAUUGAAUCCCAGCCGGUGCCCAGUAUAGACCAUCUACUGACCAACAUCGGGAGGGCUGGAACGUCUCCUACAGACAUAUCAGAUUCCGCUACUAGUGACUCGGCAAAAUCUAAGGGUUCUUGGGGAUCUGGAAAAGAUCAGUAUAGCAGGGAGCUGCUAGUUUCCUCCAUCUUCGCUGCAGCCAGUCGCAAGCGAAAGAAGCAUAAAGAUAAGCCGCAGCCUAGCAGUUCCGAAGAUGAGCUGGAAAAUGUGUUUUGCAAAAAGGACCUCUCUCCUGCGGAGUUUCGCAAAUCAGACGGUGGUAAAAGCGAAACUGAAAAAGAUGGCAAGGUGAUUACAAAAUUCAAAGGAUUGGCAUUAAAAGAGGUUGAAGAUAUUAAUAAGACUGAACCAAGCGUGAGUAAGGGCUACCAGCUGAGAAAAGAGAGUACCCCCUCUGACGAACCCAGUUGUCUUCCAAAAGACAUAAAGUCUCCGACCACGGGUCAAUGGCUAAAUGUUCCAUCAUACGAGAAGAAAACGCCUGCAUCAAAAACAAACUUCCAUGUGGAAGAGAGCAUGUCUGACUCUGGAACGAUACUUAGCACAUCAUCCCAGGCCUCUGCUCAUAGGUCGAAACAUAAAGUAACUAGUCCCGAAAUGAAAGGUAGUGAUUUUUUAACGGCAGAUAAAGCGUCCAUUACCUCGGAUUACUCUACAACAUCAUCAACGGUAUAUGGGACGGGACUGGACCCAAACCUUAUCAGCCCUGAGGUUCAAUCUGUAGCGGAAAGCAAGGGCGAUGAAGCAGAUGAUGAGCAAAGCGAAUUGGUCAGCGAAGGUAGACCCGUGGAGACGGACAGUGAAAGUGAUUUCCCCAUCUUUGCUUCAAGCGCCGCGUUUGAUAGACAACAGCGGGCAAAAGCAGAAGAGAUGCCAAAGGGCAGUCGGAGGAACUCGGAAGGAAGUGCUGGUUGUACAGAAGGCAGUUCAACGCCAAGGCUGGAAUGUCGGCGACUCAGCUCACACAAACUUAUUGAAUGUGACACUUUGUCAAGAAAAAAAUCCGUACGAAAAAAGACAGACAGUGAAUGUUCAGCAGAAGGAGCUGCGGAAAUUAUGGAAAUGUCUAAUGCGGCAGAGGCAACAAAUAAAGCUAGAUAUAUCGGCAAUCUGGACCUGCAAGUAAAAAGCGAGCCUGAAAAUCAGGAACUUGCCUGGAGACUCAAAAUUACAGACAGGUUGAAACUGAGACUCAAGGCAUCUGCGGAUGACAUGUUUGGAAUAGGAAGUCAAAAAGCACAUAACACCACAGAAAACCGGAAGAAGAAAAACAUUAGGCGGAGGCACACACUGGGUGGACAAAGAGACUUUGCUCAGAUAAGCAUCUUGAACGCCUGGAAAAUCCAUGAACCAGGUAAUGAGAGAGAAGCAGAACUGUCAGCCGUAGAUCGGUUGAAGCCAAAGUGCCCAUCGCAGGACCUUUCUAUCUCGGAAUGGCUCGCGCGGGAACGUCUACGUUCGGAACUCAACUCUGGGGAACCUGAAGAUCAGGUUUCUAAGAACACUAACUUAAAUCCAACAUCUUCAUCACAAGCAAACAUAGCAAGUUCAAGCGGAGCAGCCGAAAACUCCUCCGAUGCAAUCGCUAACCCUCCUGAUGAUCAAUUAAAUGGGGAGAGCUACCAGAGUAAGAACAAGAACAACUUUAGCCCGGCUGUGGAUGCCCACCCCCAUAAACUGUCUGGUACCCAGGUCGUUAGAUCUCGAUUCUACCAGUAUCUUUAAACGCAAGUGACAACGGCGUUUGAAUAGACUCUAGUUCUUCUCCAGUGUAUAUUGUUCUGUGCCUUUUUUACAUUUUAUUUUAUUCGCAGCCUGAGUGUGGGCUGGAUUCAUUCAUGAGCUCUGUGGAAAGUCUUUGCAGAGCUUUGCUGCGGCCGGAAGAACUUCAUACAAACCGAAUUAAUUUGAGUUGUAAGAACUUGGUAAUCGGAACAAAUGAAUUGCUUACAGAUUGUGUAAAUAUUAGUGACUGGUGCUGGCCAUGUCGUUAGCUGACAUUGACACAUAACAAAUGUUCUUUUUGAUUUUAGUCACUAAGAGAAAGUGCCUCAUGAAUUCAUCUUUUUUUUUGAUAGGGUGCCAUAUUUUUACAUGUUAAUUGGAGAAACCUACUGUGAACAAAUAUAGCAUAUUUUACCAGUGACCAGUUUUGCAUUAAAUUUUACAUAUUUUAACAGGUGGAUUAAGAGCUUCCAUUCGUUACGCAUUCCAGUUCAGUCUCCGAGUUUUAUAUACGAACUUUUAAUACAGUUUGAGUUUUAUGUGACUUGAAUUUUUAAUCUUUCUGUAAGAUACAGUAACAAAAAUGUAUAUAUUACAUGUGUAUCUUUUCUUCAGAUACCAAGAUUUGAUAUAAAUGUUGUAAGAUAGGCAUGUAGAUAGUGAAUCCUGGAUGGAACUGGUUUCUUUUAUUGAAAAGAAUAUAAAUGUGCAUGAAUCCCUACUAUGCCCUUGUAUCAUGCCUGUGUGCAUACCCACUUAAACACUGGAAAUAAAAUUGUUUUGGUGAUUUUUUUUUAAAGCUUUAUUUAAAAAGAUACAAAAUGGUUCAUCCCACAAUAUUGUAUAGCAGCUGUAAGGUUUUAUAAGGCCAAAUUAAUUUAAGAAAGCACAAGAUAUCUGGGCAAGGCAGCGACAUGGGGACCACCGAACGAGUCUCAACUUGUCAAGCCUUUUUUGCAUUUAAUAAAAGACUGAAUUAGACAGGUAAAUGUGUAAAAAUAAUAAAAUACAUAAAUGUCCAGCUGAUUAUAAGCAUAAAUUAGAUGCUUAAUGGAAUAACGUACUGGUCUUGCGUCUGUGUAGUUCUCUGGUUCUUAAAUAAACUUUAUUUUAUACAUAA